CCGGGUACUACCGAUGAUCGACACGGGAGCAGUCCUUAACUAAACGCCGAUGACCAUGACAUGACCUAGGAACAUAUCACAACACACGACCACCUCACAGCUUCUCUACCAAGAUGCCUCACGACGCCGAACGCGAAGCACCGAUUGCUUCCGAGGAGUCUCCACUGCUCGGGGAUGCGGUCGAAAGUAACACCGCCGACGACGUUCCAGUUGCGCAGGAGCUUCCCACGGCGAAGCUAGUUGCCGUGUUGCUCUCCGUCUGGAUCGGCGUAUUCCUCUCCUCGCUCGACACCACAGUAAUCAGCACGCUCCUCGCGCCCAUCAGCAGCGAAUUCAACUCCUUCGCCUCGCUUUCGUGGAUCACGACCGCGUACCUGAUCGCGCAAGCGGCGCUGCAGCCGCUGUUCGGGAAGUUGACGGAUAUCUAUGGGCGGCGUGGGGGACUGCUCGCCUGCAAUACGCUGUUCGCCGUCGGCACCCUCUUGUGUGGGUUCGCUAGGGAUGAGUAUGGUAUGAUUGCCGGGAGGAUCCUCGCCGGUGCCGGCGGCGGCGGCAUGACCGCUAUUUCGUCGAUUGUCGCGACGGAUUUGGUGCCGUUGAGACGCAGGGGCGUGGUGCAAGGCGGUGGUAACUUGGCGUAUGGAACUGGCGCGGCGUUGGGUGGGCUCUAUGGCGGUAUUGUGAACGACACUAUCGGGUGGAGAUGGGCGUUCAUCCUGCAGAUCCCCAUAAUCGUGGUCUCUAGCAUAUUCGUCUUCCUCUACGUCAAUAUUCCAAUCAAGAAGAUAGAAGGUCCUCGGCACAAGCGUGUCGACUACCUUGGAGCCCUCAACCUAGUCAUGUUCCUGAUGUUGUUUCUGCUCGCACUCAAUACUGGUGGAACAUUGGUUCCAUGGACUCAUCCGCUGGUGCUGAUCGCUCUGUCGCUGAGUGUGGUGUUCCUGGCGGGAUUCAUAUACACCGAGAAGUUCAUCGCCAAGGAACCGGUGAUACCACUGAAGAGUCUGCAGGACCGGACGGUUCUGGCAUCGUGCUUGACAAUGCUGUUCAUGGUGAUGAGUGUAUACUGCGUGUACUUCUUCAUCCCCAUCUACUCCAUGCUCCGCGGCGCCUCCGCCACCGCAGCAGGAGUGAACCUUAUGCCCUUUUCCGUCGGAAUCUCGAUCGGUUCCCUCGGCGCAGGUCUAAUCAUGAAUCGCACGGGGCGCUACUACCGGCUCGGCCUCGCCUCCAUGUUCGUGUUCAAUCUCGGCACCGGGCUGUUCUGCACCUUCACGCUGCACACUCCGCGCUGGCCACAGAUGCUGUACUUACUCUUCUUUGGCAUGGGGUACGGUGCAACGCUCACCGUGGGCCUGCUGUCGCUCAUCGCGGCGGUGAAACACUCGGAGCAGGCGACUACUACCUCCUCGUCGUAUCUGUUCCGUGCUACCGGUGGCACCAUUGGCGCCGCGGUGGGAAGCGCGGUGUUUCAGACUUCACUGCGCACUCACCUACUCAAGCAAUUGGGGGAUGGUGAGGAGGCGGGGGAGGUCAUCCGUAGAGUUCUGCAAGACUUUGGUGAAGUUGCGAAGCUCGUCCAGCCGUGGAAGGGAGAGGUCACGGAUGCGUAUAUGAGCGCCCUGAGGAUGGUGUUUACUGUCGGGUUUGCUCUGGGCACACUCGGACUGCUCACGAUCGCCGCGAUGAGGGAGAAUAAAUUGCAUAAAACUCUGGAUAGAAGAUAGAUGUAGAUGUAGAUGGGGGCAUAGAUUAGAGAGAUUAGAGAGAUUGAACGAGAUUGAAUGAGAUGAACGAGAUUGAUACCAGUCGGCAACAAUAGCAUGCACU